ACUCCAGCUCCUGACAUGGGCAGUCAGGAAGGGGCCACAGCUGCCCUGUUGCAGGGCCCCGCUGCCUGGUGUCUCCAUGGGGGGUGGAGGGAGGCCCCUCUUCCGGGAUAAUGCCAGCCAUGUGCGGCCAUCCCUGCUCACAUCCUCGGCUGGCCCUGUGUAUGCCACAUGCACACCUGCUCAGAGAAGAUGGGUAGGGCAAGGGAGGCCAGCUUCGCCAGGGUCAAGAGUGGUUUUUCAGAUACUGCCUCCAUAAGUGGUGGCAAGAAUCUGGGCUGGCUGGAGUUGUCCACGGUUCAGACCCAUGUGCUCCCCAUGUGCUGCAUGCCUUUAAAAUGACCUCAUGGGGACAGCUGGAGGGGACACGGUGCUCUGAGGAGUGGCUCCUGGAAGGGGGCACAGGCAGCACAGGCAGAGGACAGCAGGUGUCUAAGUGCCCUGAGGCUUGAGCCCAGCCCUGCAGUUCUGAGCUGUGGACCCUGGCAAGUCGUUUCUCUCUGCCUCAGCUUCUCCACCUGCAACACACAGUAAUAGCUCUCAGCCCUCAGAGGUCGCCAUGAGGAAGACCUUAGAAUAUCACCUGGCCUGGAAUAAACCCUCUCCUGGCAUUCCACUGUGAAGAAUGUGAGAUUGCACUGAAUCCUUGUCACAGAGAGGCUGAAGAGAUGACCUUGGAGAAUGAACCCCUGAGAUUCCACAGGCCCUAUGCAAACAGUGGAAGUGUGUGGGCUGGCACCCCCAGAACAGCCCAGGGCACCCUGGGCCAUGGGGUGGGGGUGGCACCAGCUGAUGUCUCCCUUCCUGGAUUCCUCCAGGUUAGACACAAAGCAAAAUACAGCACAGCCUCAUCUGUCACCUCGAGCAGCAAUGGCCUUUCCAGGAACUCCAGGCUUGAGCAAACCAGCUCCAGAAAGCCUAUUUCUAGGCUCAUCAGGAAUAUCAGCCCCACCCCUGGUUACUGAUCAAUCUACUGCCCUCCUCCUUUGCUCCUUUUCCCCACCCCGCCCAGCCACCUGCCCAGUCCUGUGGCCUCACAGGUCCCGUACUAUUGUUGUAAUUACCAGGUCCUGCCUUCUAAACUGUUUGCAUCGUCUUGCUCACAAUCACAGAACCAGAGCUACCAUCUUCCAGAAAGAGCACCCUGAGGCCCAGAGAAGGCAAGAGAUGAACCUAGGACCUUCCUCGCUUCAUUCUGUGGCUUAGAGACCCAGUUCCCCUAUAAAAUGGAAAUGUUCACCCAAGGGACUCAAAAGGCACGGAGCACUAUGGAGAAAAGUGGGGAGGACGUUGGCCUUGGCCCGGCCAAGAAAGGGCAAGUUUCUAGUCCUUUUUGGGUUGAAGACAGGAAAAGGAGGGGCAUAAACCCUGGCUGAACUCCUCUGCCAGGCUCCAGGGCGAAUGUGGUGGGAAAAAUGGAGAAGCUGAGGUCUGCAGCAGAGCAUGAGGCAGGGGAGGGCUCCUGCUGAGUGCAGCCUGCCACCCCAAGGCCCGGACCCACACGUUCCCAGACUCCAAACCUGCAGUUUGGUCCCCCUGCAGCUCUGAGUGUGUCGCCCUCUGCUGCCCUUUGGCGGCCAGAGCGCGCGGCCCAGGAACGAGCAACCGCGGAGGGAAGGGAACCUGGCUGGCACGGUGGGCUGUUUUCAGGACUGUAAGAGCCCCUCGUCCGCCCGCGACCCCGCUGCUCGAUGAAACUGGCUGCGAUGAUCAAGAUGAGACCGAGCGACUCGGAUCUGAGUAUACCGGCCAAGAAUUGCCACCGCAUGGUCAUCCUCGGCUCCUCCAAGGUGGGCAAGACGGCCAUCGUGUCGCGAUUCCUCACGGGUCGCUUCGAGGACGCCUACACGCCCACUAUCGAGGACUUCCACCGCAAGUUCUACUCCAUCCGCGGCGAGGUCUACCAGCUUGACAUUCUCGACACGUCAGGCAACCACCCGUUCCCCGCCAUGAGGCGCCUCUCCAUCCUCACUGGAGACGUGUUCAUCCUCGUGUUCAGCCUGGACAACCGCGACUCCUUCGAGGAGGUGCAGAGGCUCAAGCAGCAGAUCCUCGAUACCAAGUCUUGCCUCAAGAACAAAACAAAGGAGAACGUGGACGUGCCCCUGGUCAUCUGCGGCAACAAGGGUGACCGGGACCUCUACCGAGAGGUGGAGCAGUCCGAAAUCGAGCAGCUGGUGAGCAGUGACCCCCAGCGCUGCGCCUACUUCGAGAUCUCGGCCAAAAAGAACAGCAGCCUGGACCAGAUGUUCAGGGCACUCUUCACCAUGGCCAAGCUGCCAAGAGAGAUGAGCCCGGACCUGCACCGCAAGGUGUCAGUGCAGUACUGCGAGAUACUGCACAAGAAGGCCCUUGGGAGCAAGAAGUUGCUGCGAGCCGGGGGCUGCGACCAGGCAGACGCCUUCGGCAUCGUGGCGCCUUUUGCACGCAGGCCCAGCGUGCACAGUGACCUCAUGUUCGUGCGCCAGAAGGCGGGCGGUGGCCAGGCGAAAGACAAGGAGCGCUGCGUAAUCAGCUAGGACCCCCCCUCCCCCAGCCCGUGCAGAGGACAGAGCGUAAGGAGUACUGUUGCUCAGAAGUCGUCCUGUAUCCGGUCCAGCCCUGUAUGCCCUGUGCCACGUGCUCGAGUGUGUAGUGGCUCUUCCCUCCCCAGACUCGGGGCCCCACCAACUGGGGAGGUGAAAACAGCUGAGAAGGUCCAGCUGUCUACUCUGGAAGGAAGAACUGGGUGAUACGGGGACGCCUCACAUCUCUGAUUGCCUGUCGGCACCCACCACCCUCACUACCUGGGGGACACAGGGCCAUCAGAGGGUGAAUUUGUCUGGUUUGUCACAAAGACCCAAGAAUUGGGAGGGUGUGUGUAUGUGUUAAUCAGCCACUCUUAGGCUUGGAGAAGCCGGUCCGCUGAGGGUUAAGAUGAAUGGUGUUAUCUUGUCUGUGAUUUCGGGUUGCCAUGACAACUGGCAAAAGCUUUCCCCCUCCUGAAACUAAGGGGUGUGAGUCAAAUCAGCCAAGUGACUUGUUUACAUGUGUAUGAAAUUGCACAAAGGAAAAACGAAACUUGCACUUUAAGAGUUCUGUUGUCAUGAACAAAAUCUUAUCCAGAUGUUUAUAC